AUGUCUGUGACAGGAUUGAAGUUUGGAGAACAUUUAGCAGAUAUAAUUCUUCCAAAACAUAAAAUUCGAUUGGGAAAAUCAUGUAAAAUAGUUCAAAAACCUUCAAAAUUAAAUGAAUUUACUAUUGCGGAUUUUAUAUGUCUUGGAUUCGGAAUUGCAUCAUUUGUUCUCGUCGUUGCUUUAGCCAGCACAGUACAAGUAAAUAGGAAUAUAAUAUUUGCUACUGUAUUCGCUCCCAUAGGAACCUCGAUUAGAUGUUAUUUAUCUAAAUAUAAUACAUUCAAAAAACAUUUUCCGUUGGGAACUUUUGCGGCAAAUUUUUCAGGUUCAAUAGUUAUUGGAAUAUUAUUUCUAUUAAGUAAUGGUAUAGUUUAUUCAAAAUUAAGUUGCGAAAUUAUCGAAGGACUUGCAAACGGAUUUUGUGGAUGUCUUACGACAAUUUCUUCAUUUGCAAACGAAAUCACACAGCUUCCAAGAAAACAUGCAUAUAAAUAUGCAUUAGUUUCCAUCUUAAUGGGUCAGAUUGCAAUGAUAUUAACAGUUGGAAUUUAUCAUUGGACUAUAGGCUUAUCUUCGACUUCGACUUGUAAAUGA